AGCGCCACCUCCGGAGCCUGGAUGGACCUCCCAGGCCCUCCAGAGACACACACCCAGAGAGGAUCAGGUGCAGCCAGCAGAGUCCGUCUGAAGACACUGAAGCGGUCAGACACACAUGAUGAGGCUGCUGCCAGCUGUUGUCACAGUGUCACUCACUGUGGCGGUCGCUUACUACCUGUACAUCCCGAUGCCUGAUGCCAUCCAGGAGCCGUGGAAGCUCAUCAUGAUGGAUGCUGGAUUCCGAACAAUGAUGCACCUGGCCUCUUUGAAAGCUUGGCUGGGCUUUGACCAUUACAUCACGUCAAUCGGGCAGUCCAUGGACGGCAUGGUGAGGGAGUCCGGCGGAGGGGUCAUGCCCGGAGUCAAAGUCAGCGACAUCACUUUCGCCGGCGUCCCGGUCCGAGUGUACGAGCCCCCGGCUGGAGGGGAGGGUCAUCUGAGGAGAGGGUUGAUGUUUAUCCACGGGGGAGGCUGGGCCCUCGGCACUACCAAGAAGGGGUCGUAUGAUACAAUCAACCAGAUGUUGUCCGACGAGCUCAACACUGUUGUGGUCUCUGUUGAGUAUCGUCUGUUUCCAGAGGUGCACUUUCCAGUGCCGUAUUUAGACUGCCUCGCUGCUGCCAAGCACUUCCUGUCCCCAGAGGUCCAGGCCAGGUAUGCCAUCGACCCUGAGCGUGUGGCUGUGGCAGGUGACAGUGCUGGAGGAAACCUGGCUGCUGCGGUCGCUCAAGAGAUUUCUACAGAUGAGACUAUGAGUGUGAAAUUCAGCGUUCAGGCGUUGAUCUACCCAGCGCUCCAGGCUCUGGACUUCAACACGCCCUCCUACUUGCAGAACCAGAACAUACCCGUCCUCUACCGGCUCCUCAUGGUCCACUUCUGGCUGCAGUACCUUGGUGCUGACCUCUCCCUUCAGUCCCAGUGGCUGGCCAACAACCACAGCUCCUUACACCACACGAGCAUCACCCCAGAGCUGAGAGCGCGUCUAGACUGGACCGCCCUCCUGCCCCCGAAACACCAGCAGAACUACAGGCCUGUGAUUGUGAAGAAGGGUUCACCGGGGACAGGGAAGGAGGUGCCGGGGCUGCUGGAUGUGAGGGCGUCACCACUGUUAGCAGGACCAGAGGUUUUGGUUAAAUGCCCUCGAGCAUACAUCCUCACAUGCGAGUAUGACGUGUUGAGGGAUGAUGGCCUGAUGUACGCACGGCGCUUACAGGACGCAGGCGUCUCAGUCACCAACGACCACUAUGAGGACGGCUUCCACGGAUGCUUCAGCUUGAUCACCUGGCCAAUGGAAUUUGAUGUAGGGAAGAGAGCACUCCGGGGUUACCUCAACUGGCUGCAGAACAACUUGUAAGAGUGUGUGUGCAAGUGAGUGAAAGGCUCUUUAUGUGUGCAUGCAUGUGUGUGUGUGUGUGUGUUUCAUUGAUGCUGCUUUAUGAAUCAUAAACUUGCUAAGGGCUAAUACAUCUGCUCUUUGUUUAAAAAUGCAAGCUCAGGGCCCCCAUGUUCUUACAGAUACAGACACACACAUACUACCUUGUUACAUAUGAAGCUCUGCGAGCAUUGCAAUAUCUGCCUGCAGUGGAGAAGGGCA